AUAUUGUAAUGUUUGCAGGCAAAUUUAUUGUCAAAAAUCUUGAACAGUAUAUCUCUGUUUCUUAUGCCUGUGUUAUUGCAUCUAGUGAUCCCGAUCAAGAGUUUCAGGCCAAUGAAAUCCCGCUUAGCAUUCCUCAUUGCAUGCUUUCUGUACUUGUUAAUCAUGAACCAAAAGAAUGUGGUGAAUCUACAUACUUCAAUGCUAGUUGUUAUCAGUAUAAUUCAAGCACAAAUUCUAGAAAUGUUCAUAUGAAAUUGAGAAUAUUUUUUCCUACUAAUGCACCACGAUAUUCCUACUUACGUGCUAAUAACAGUAUUAAAAUAGGCAAAACAUUUAUUGUGUCUGGCUUUGUUAGACGUAUAACUGCUGAUUUUACAAUAAUCGAACUCACGGAUCUUGACUUCGUAACCACAAAUAUUAAUACAAUUCAAAAUGUGCAAGGAAGUACUUCUUCACGAACACCAAAAAGGCCCCGUGUAAUAGCAUCAAGAUCUUCUAAACAGAGCACUAGCUCAACUCCUGUUGUUAAUGAACCUAUACCGUUACCUACUUCAAUAACUCCUAUUAAUACAAACCUCGAAACAGUUCAAGUCCAAAAAGGUAAAAAAAAAUUAUCUGAUCUAGCUUUGAAUUGUCUUGAACUGAUUGUUACGGAUAAUGCUCAAGAUGAGAAUAUUUAUGUUGAAGAUGCGUCAGAAGAAAAUGAUGAUUUAGAAUUAUUAUAUGAACAAGAAUUGUUAUGUGAACAAGAAUUGUUAUCUAGUCAAGAUGUUGAAGGGCAGAAAAAGAAAAGAAAUAAGAGGACUUCAAAAAAAGUUAAAAAAUAA